AUGCACCUACCACCUGGAGAUCAUUUUCAAACACUAGAUCUGAUUAUCCCCAAUAAAAAAGAAGCUUUAACUUAUUUAUCUGGCACUGGACCUAGACCUCCUCGACAAGCACGGUUAAUUGUGUCCAGAUCUAGCACCCAACCUCCCGUUACAGCGGAAUACUCAGUGGAUUUAAACAAAAAACCCUUGACACUGAAACUGAUAGAUUAUGUAAAUAGGAGAAAUCCCGUGGAAUACUCAUCCAGUCCAGUCAAUUCACAUGGUUUGCGGUUUGCCAUGGAUACGAUACAUAAAGAAAUUGGCCAUAUAAUAGAGGAAAGCUAUGGGGUUAAUAUCAAAAACUGUCGUUCAAAGUGUUUGUUUCCUCUCCCAGUGGCUGCUUCCUCCACAUUUUUUGGAGAGUUGAAGAGAGCAGAAUGGGUAUCUUUUAUGUACUCAGCAGAUUAUUUCACGCUCUAUCCAAUAGAUUUUAUGUUUUUUUUGACGUUUAACAAAACUAACCCAGCUGGAAGCCAAAUUGAGAACGUUAGUUAUGGCGGUCAACUGUUCGAUUCUAUAUCGGAAUUGAAAACAGCUUACGAAUCAGGUACAAUAAAGAAAUCCAAAUUUACCUUCCCAGAUAUACAGAAAGAUACAUUUUCAACACUGAACAGACGCGGUUCAGAUCCCCAACCCUUUCCAAACAAACAGAAACCAAACAUUAUUGAACCGGAUGGACCGAGAUACACAAUCAAACAUAGACAUAUAGAAUAUCACGAUUGGAAAUUUGAUGUUAGGAUGUCCAUGUUUCAAGGACCACAAAUUUUCGAUGUGAGAUAUCUUGGAGAAAGAAUUGCAUAUGAAAUUAGCAUGCAAGAAAUAGUGACAUAUUAUUAUGGUGAUUCGAGAGCUUUAAGAGUGUCCAAACUGGUGGAUGGUACGUUUCUUUUAGGAGCUUCUUCGGGGGUUUUAGAACCCGGUAUAGACUGCCCAGAAACUGCCACAUUUCUAUCAACGGCUAUGCCGCAUUUGAAAAUAAAACAAAAUUUUUGCGUUUUUGAAUUGAAUUCGGGAAUACCGUUAAGACGUCAUGGAGGACGUGGUCUUGUGGAUAGUUUCUUAGUUGUCCGCUCAAUUCUUGUCUUAGCUAAUUAUGAUUAUAUUGUGGACUUUAUUUUCCAUCAAAGUGGAAUUUUGGAAACGAGAGUUGCUAGUACUGGAUAUAUUCAGUCUAGUGUUUAUUGGGAUAAAGAAAAAGAAUAUGGUUUCCAACUACAAGAUGGUUUAUUAGGAACUCUACAUCAUCACAUGUUUCAUUUUAAAGUAGAUUUAGAUAUUCUAGGUACAUCUAAUCGUUAUGAAACACUUGAUUUUAAAACUGUUAAUGUUUCUAAUGCUGACUGGUUAAAACCAGAUAGUUAUCAAACCCAAAUUAAAUUCGACCACAAUUUGAAACAUACUGAACUUGAAGCGGCUUACAAGUUUAAUUUUGAUACUCCCAAAGAACAUAUCAUCUAUAAUGAGGAUAAGAAAAAUAGAUUUAAUGUGUCUCGUGGUUAUAAAGUACAGAUUGAUGGUAUGUCCAAACAAUUACUACCAGAGGGGAUGCAUGGUGAAAGCGCAGUUACUUGGUCACGGCAUCAAAUGGCUGUAACAAAGUAUAAAGAUGAAGAGUAUACCAGUACUUCUAUAUAUGCAGCGUUUGAUGGUCACGAUCCUGUGGUAGAUUUUUCUAAAUAUAUUGCUGAUGAUGAAAAUAUAGUGGAUGAGGAUCUAGUGGCAUGGAUAUCUCUAGGAAUUAUUCAUCUACCAACUACUGAAGAUCUACCACUAACUCAAACACCGGGAAAACAACUAUCAUUUAUAUUAUCUCCUCAUAAUUAUUUUACAGAAGAUCCUUCAAUGUCCUCAUAUGAUCAAGUAUAAACAAUGAAUGUUCGAAUUCUCACCUGGCAAAGCAUACCAAUGUGUAUUUCUACUUGAGAACAGUCCCACACCCAAUAUCAGUCUUAUUAAGGAAGGAAAUGUGUCCCAAGCUGUAUUCCUCUAUAGGUUGACAACCUAGACAGAUAUGAAAUUCAACUUCGUGGCAUAUAAUAGAUUAUUUAUAUUUAACAUUAGUAUUAUUUAUAAUACUGAUAUUGUGUCAAACAGACAACCUCCAAUUUAAAUCAAAAGCUUAAAAGAGUCUAAUCUAUUUCCUCUUCAUAAGAAUACAAAUAGUGUAGUCUGCGUUAAGGUGCGGGCCCACGAGUGGUCUUGGUCGGAGACUCUUGGUGCUGAUUAGAGUCUUAUCUUAAAUUUCAACGACUGGUACAGUCACACGAGAAUACAAAAUAUCCAGUCGGUCGUUUUCCAUCUUGUCGAUAAUCACUAUAUUAUAAAUAUUAUAAUCUUGUCGUGGAAGCACGGGCAUACACAAGAUGUUACUCUAAAUUCGAGUCAGCGACAAAAAUCUCCGACCAAGACACCUCGUGUGCCCGUACCUUUAAUUAAUUAUGGACAAUAUUGAAAGAGAUAUAAUGAUGCAAUAUGUUUUUGUUGUUAUGUAUGUUUAGUUUUCUUUUAAAAGUGUAUGGAGUAUAAUUAUAUUAUGAAUAGUGCAAUUCAUAAAUCAAUAAUUAAAUAUUUAAAUAGUUUAAUAAACUGUUAUAUUUACUAAUUAUUUAUUUAAUUAGAAAUAUUCCCAUUUCAAGCAUUUUUU